AUGAAAACUUUACUGAAAUCACAGAUUCUCAGAUCGUUCUGGAUACUUCGACUGCAUCACCGAUGGUUCCACAGGCACAACAGGUUCCUCGGCUCUCCCAUUUUUGCUCAGUAUGAAGCUCAAAGCCAAGGAGAGCAGCAGCUACCUGAGUAUUUUAACUUUGCAAGUGACGUAUUGGAUAAAUGGUCACAGAUCGAGAAGGUAGAAUUUACUUUCCUUCUACAGAUGAAGUGGCUCCUUCUAAAUUAAUAUCUGAUUGUGUCCUUUUUUGAAAAACAGUUAACGUGUGUGUGUGUGUGUGUGUGUGUAUUUCUAGAAAAAUAUAUAUACACACAUAUGAUGCUUUGAUGCCAACUUCUAAAUAGUGAGCACCUCCAAACCAUCAGAAAUUUGUUUCAAGUACAUACAACAAAAUUUAGGUUUGCACAACUAAAGUGGAUUAAAACGCUCUAUCAUCCCAGCACAACAAAUCCACUUUUAAAAAUAAUUGAACCUUUUACGUUUAAGAAAAUUAUGGAGGAAUGCAUUAAAAAGUGAGGAGUGAGCAAAUGAUUAAUGGGCAGAUGUAUAAACACCCCACAGACAAAUCAGGUAUAAUGCUCUUUGGUGUACAAACCCACCCCCACCAGAUUGCAACAGACAUUGAGUAAAGACCAGAUACAAUCUAGCCUCCACAUAAGCUUUAUGUAAGCAAAUAAGGAUAAAGGCGGCUGCUAGACUGCUGACUGGGAGUGGCCACCGAGACCAUAUAACACCAGUCCUGAAAGAUCUUCAUUGGCUCCCAGUACGUUUCUGAGCACAAUUCAAAGUGUUGGUGCUGACCUUUCAAGCCCUAAAGAGCCUCGGUCUUGUAUACCUGAAGGAGCGUCUCCACCCCCACCAUCCAGCCCGGACACUGAGGUCCAGCUCCAAGGGCCUUCUGGCGGUUCCCUCGCUGCAAGAAAUGAGGUUACAGGGAACCAGGCAGAGGGCCUUCUUGGUUGUGGCGGCUGCCAUAUGGAACGCCCUCCCAGCAGAUGUCAAGGCAAUAAACUACUAUUUUACUUUUAAAAGACACCUGAAGGGAAGUUUUUAAUGUCUGACGCUGUAUUGUUUUUGAUAUUUGGUUGGAAGCCACCCAGAGUGGCUGGGGAGACCCAGUCAGAUGGGCGGGGUAUAAAUAAUAAAUUAUUAUUUUUAUAUUAUUAUAACAGGCUGCCUGGAGGAGCCCAGUAAUAAGUUUCAUCCACACACCCUCCAAGCCUGAUCUGGAAUUGACGUGGUCAUCACAUACCCCUCAACUGUCCCGCUUAAAUCAGGACAUCCCAUUUUGGGGGGCUUUGCUUGCGCAUGAGGACACGGCCCCCUUAAACACACAAGAGCAUGGUACCUAAAAACACGAUAGAUCACAGUGCCCAGAAACAUACAUUUCAAAUAAACACGGUCAGCCCUCAGGCUGAAAAAAGGACCCCCGCCCCUGCUAAAUCAGGUCUAUAAACAAAACAAACUUUUCCUUUUCUUUUCUUUUAACGCAUCUGCAUUUAUUUUGCAGGAAGGAAAAAGACCUUCUAACCCAGCUCUAUGGUGGAUAAAUGGAAGAGGGGGUGAAGUAAGGUGGAGCUUUGAGGAGUUGGGAGUCCUGUCCAGGAAAGUGGCCAAUAUACUCUCCAACCAAUGUGGGCUAUGCAAAGGAGACAGAGUUUUGGUUAUCCUGCCCCGAAUCCCAGAAUGGUGGUUGGUGACCGUGGCUUGUAUAAGGACAGGUCAAUAAAAAUAGCCGAACGUAAUACCGCAGGGAUGGUGAACCUGUGACUCUUCCGGUGUUGUUAGACUCCAAAUCCCAUCAGCCUCAGCCAGUAUGGCCAAUGUUCAGGGAUGAUGGGACCUGGAGUCUUGCAACCACAGAACCAGAAGGCCACAAGUUCCCGAUCCUUGAAAUACAGCCUUUCUUGGAACUGUCUUGAACUACAACUUCCAUCACCCCCAGCCAAAACUUCCAAUGGUCAAGGAUGAUGGGAGUUGUAGUGCAAGACAUCAGGAAGGCAUCAUGUUGGGGGGGGACAGCUCUUGGUGGCGACCCACAAGUUGGAACAAUAAAGCAAAUGUGGGCACUUUCUGGCCCUCCAGAUGUUACUAAACUACAACUUCCAUCCGCCCUAGAAAGAAGGGUCAAUGGUGAGGCACGAUUGGAGUUGUAGUUUAGUAAUAUCUGGUGGGCCAAUGGUUCCCCCACAGCUGCCAUAAAAUGGUGGUCAGGAGACUCCAUGCCAUGGGCCAGAUUAGACCCACCAGGCAGAGGCAUAGGAAGGUCAGGUGGUACCUGGUGCAGAACAUUUCUUGUCACACACACCCCACAUUGAUUUUAUUUUUUUUGCCUGCAAAAAUGGUUUUAUGUUAUUUCAUAUUUUCUUACAAAGGAAUGUGGAUUCUGAGCCUCUGAUAACAAGCAGGCGACUAUGGACAGAUACUUAAAUCUACAGGAUGGAUUGUGUUUUGGCUUGCGUUAUUUUAUUUAUAUUUAUUGUUUAUUCAUUUAAUAAAAUUUAUUUUUAAAAACCUGCAAAGUGGUUUACCAAAACAAACAAACAAAAAACACCACAGCAGUAAAAUCAAGAAAAAUUAACAAUCCUACUUUAAAACAUACAAAAGCUAAAAUAUUAAGAUUAAAAUUCUUCAACUUCCUAAGAUCUAGGUAUGCUUGCCUAAAGAAGAAUGCUUUCAGCAGGUGCCCGAAAAGAGUCUAGCAAAGGCAUGUGCUUUGUUGAAAUUUCAGCCUUCACAACAUAGGAAAAUGGCCAAGUAAACAGCUAUUUUCGUGGAGGAGGCUCAAGAUAUUAACUGAUAUGCAUGAAAUUUCAUAUGUAGCUAUAUAAUCCCUAGUGUAGUAAUGUAGGACUUUUGGAGCAGGCUUUUUUUUUAAAAGGUUUUUUAUGAACUGCCCUAGUAGGGCAGUAAUUGUUCCUUGAUAAUUUGUCACCCCCUCCAUGAUGGCACAUGGGGCAGCCCUCCUUCCUACGCCCCUGCCACCAGGCCUCUCCAUUUGGCCCAGAAGCAUUUGAGUCUCCAAAACUCCUACAACACAGAUCCACCGGUCAUUAAAAAGAACAUUGCUCUUCUUGUAGGAAUCACCCUUAUGCCUGGAAUAUCCCAGUUAACAGCAAAAGACAUUCAGCACAGACUUCAGGCAUCGAAGGCCAAGUGUAUUAUCACCACAGACGCUUUGGCCCCUGCAGUGGAUUCCAUUGCAGACAGUUGCAACUUCCUGCAAACCAAGCUGGUGGUAUCUGAAGGCCCAAGGGAUGGGUGGCUGAAUUUCAAAGAACUCUGCAAGUGAGUAUCCCUCAUUGUGCUUCACCCAACAACACAGGGGUGGAGAACCUUCUGGGCCAGGGGACCAAAUGCAGCCCUCCAAGCCUCCCUGGUUAGCCCUUGAGACUUUCCUCAGGCCAUAGCCAUUUUCCAGGCAUACAUUCUCUCAGUGCUUUUUUCCCCUAGAAAAAAAAGGGUGCUGGUAUUCACCGUGAAGUUAUUACAGUAAGUGCCACACUUUUUAACAACAAAAAAGAGGUGCCAGUACUGCAUACCCUUGAGUAAAGGUAAAGGUAAAGGGAUCCCUGACCAUUAGGUCCAGUCGUGGCCGACUCUGGGGUUGCGCCACUCAUCUCGCUUUACUGGCCAAGGGAGCCGGCGUACAGCUUCCGGGUCAAUUGGCCAGCAUGACUAAGCCACUUCUGGCGAACAAGAGCAGCGCACGGAAACGCUGUUUACCUUCCCGCUGGAGUGGUACCUAUUUAUCUACUUGCACUUUGUCGUGCUUUCAAACUGCUAGGUUGGCAGGAGCUGGGACCGAGCAACGGGAGCUCACUCCGUCACAGGGAUUCGAACCCCCGACCUUCUAAUCAGCAGGUCCUAGGCUCUGUGGUUUAAUCCACAGCGCCACCCGCGUCCCAAUACCCUUGAGUACCCCCUGAAAACAACAACAUGGCUUUCUCUCCCCAGACCACCCCCCUCUCAGGCCCUGCUUUGCAGCCUCCUUGGGUGUUUGUGCCUGACUGGAAAGCGUCCCUGAGCUCUGUUAAGGCUUCUUGCGUAGAUAGAGGCUAAAUCUGGGUAUGUGAUUGUGGGUGGAAAGUGGCCUCUUGCAUUUGUGAUUGGAGUUACUUUAACUAUUGUGGCUUUCUGUGUUACACAGAGAGGCUCCCGACAGCCAUACUUGUGUGAGAACAAAGAUCCAUGAUCCAAUGGUCAUUUACUUCACCAGUGGAACAACAGGGGCUCCAAAGAUGGCUGAGCAUUCCCAAGGAAGUCUUGGCUUUCGGCCCAUCGCCCACAAAAGGUAUCAAAUAGAGCCGAAGCAAAAAUGUACUGAGAAAAGGUCUUGAGGUUUUCUAUUUCUCCUCACCAAAGAAGGUUACUUUGCAACAUUUUCUCCAUAUAUUCUCCACCAUUUUGUGAGGCAGUUUCCAUUUCCCAUCAGCCCCCAUUCCACAAUUCCCCAGAAAUGCAUUAUGAGGGAUACAAAAUGGCGGCCAGGAUGCCAACACAGUUGUUGCUGCUGCCAACAGUAAUACUGAGACCCACCCCUGAGAAACUCAUGAAGAACUUCACUCUCACUCACCCCCAGCCAAUCUUCCCUCAAUUUCUCUUGGCACAAGUUCAGGGUCCAGCAUCACAGAGUCAGGCAAGGCAAGGCAGGGCAAAGUCCAGUUUUCAGGAAGACAGAGGAGGGUCAAGCAAGGCAAAGUGAAGUCCAGCUUAUGGUGAAGCAAGGCAACUUGGUAAGUUAAAGUGCAGCAAAGUAAGAUAGGCAUUUGGGAAUGCAGAACAGCCUUGUGGAGCACUGAAGGCAGAGACGCAUUCAUGCAAUUCAUGUCUCAGACUGCACACCUAAAUGUGAAUGCAGCAGAACACCAGGCACAAUUUCUGGGCGGUACCUGAUCAGCAUUAAUCUAAGGGGGGGGGGCUCCUUAGGCUUUCCAAAAUGGGGGCAGAGACCCUAGUAGAUCAGGGUUGCAAACUUUGAAGGGUACAAAUGUAUUUAAUAAAUAUAAUAAUAAUAAUAAUAAUAAUAAUAAUAAUAAUAAUAAUACCAAACAGUACAAUGCCAGCCGCUGAGCAUAAUCUUCAAGGCCCUUAUUGCAUGCUUGAAUUGCCUGUUGCCAUUUUCUUUCCUCUGUUAUAUCAGAUACUGGCUGGAUUUGACCCCUGCUGACAUUAUGUGGUCCACUGCAGAUACAGGAUGGGUGGUGGCUUCUCUGGGAUCUGUUUUCGAACCAUGGGCUUUGGGUUCCUGCGUCUUCAUACACAGCCUGCAGCAAAUAGAAUCAACAAUUAUCCUGAAUGUAAGAUUCUUGCUCCUGUCUCUUCAAACAUUCUACCUGAUUUUUCUCUAUAAUGGCAGCUUGUCCGUGGCUGGGAUUACAUUAGAAGUGGAGGAACAGUAAUGAGACUGAUUGUUUUUUAACAUUGUGACUAAUUGCUAUUGUCUCUGAGCCUGUGGAAUAGGUUGGGAUUUAUGCCCACUUAAGGUUAAUCAGACCACAAUUGCUCUUGUUUUACUUAGGGAUGGAGGAGAAUGUUUGUCCUGAGGGAUUAGAGAUAAAUUCAAAAUAAAUUCAGUUUGCAUUUCAAGAUAAAGCUACCUAAUUCACACUUUCUGAAACAAUACGAGAACCGAGACAUGAGAGCCUUCUUCAAAUAUCUGAAGGACUGUCAAUGGAAGAUGGCGCUAGCUUGUUUUCUGCCACAUGCAGCCCUCUCAGUCUGGCCUUUGGGGUUCUCCCCAAACUACAACCCUCGCUAGACUUGCAAUGUACUCUCCUUGGGUGUUUUUGUCCGGAUAGACUGUGUCCUUGAACUCUGAUAAUGCUUUUCAUUUGGAGACUAGAGAGUGUGUAGAACUAAGCCCUCUGUUCAAGGGUAAAAUUAACAUUGGUUGCUCCGCCCACUUUCCCCUCAGGCCCCACCCACCAUGGGCAUGUGGCCCUCAAAAGGUCACAAAGAAGAGAGAGUGACCCUCAGCCUGAAAAAAGUUCCCCACCCCCCUAGUUUAGCACUACUGUGCAUCAGCCAAUUUGUGAGAUGAACCAAGACAGUUAAUAUAAAACUCAGUUGAUCAAGACAUUGGGUUGGAUCAGAUUGUGUUGUUCUUGCACAACCUUUGCCUUUUUUAUGUGCUAGACUCUGUCCCGGUUUCCCAUCACCACCAUCCUGGGUCCUCCAACCUUGUUCCGCAUGUUGGCACAGAGCGAUCUCACCAGGUACCUUGAAUACGAUUGUUUCAGAAUGGAUUUGCUGCAUGCGUCCAGACUCAGUGAUGUCAGUGAUGUUAUUGAAGCUCUAGUUUGAAAUACAAACCUUAGCAUCUUGCCCUACUUGUUUCCAAUACCAGACAAACGUUACAUUCCAAGAAUUACAAUUGCAAUUUGAGAGGAAGAGAAGAACUUCUACCUCUAAUUCUGGUAUCUGGAGUGGUAGCAGCAGGAAGGGGUGUGGUUCUUGCUCUUUCCCCUUGGUGGUGCCUUGGGCACUAGGGAGCCUGGGAAAUGUGUUUUUCCCAAGGCACCCAAUAGCUUCAGUUUAGACCUCCCAGACACUUGUGCCCCUGCCAUAACAGCAUUCAGGGUGCCAGAGAGAGGGAGGAAGAGGGAGGAAAAUCUCACGGCCUGGCACUACCAUGGUCACAGCUGCCUUUGCUAAGUCAGGUGAAUGACAAGCGGGAAGUGCAAAGGUUUAUUGAUGCGGUUUGGAAGGCUUACACAAAUUGGAUAAGGACCCAGUUGUGUUCCUAAUGAUGUCAUCAGGAGCAAAGUAGGCCAAGCUGGAUUCCAAAUGAAGAGUAUAUCUGUACACAUACUCAUGGCUCAGGAUGGAGACACACAACUAUAUUUAGAUACUGAUGCAGUGAUCCUUUUUUUCCAGUGGCCUGAAGGUGUGUUGAGACCACAUUUCACCAUAGUCUUAAAUACCAUCAAAGCAGUAUCUGGGACAUCGGGAAGCGUGGGAAAUGUGCAUUUCCUAGGGUGCCCAAUAACUUCUGUGCAACAUGUUCUGGGUACUCAGAAGGGGCUCUCUAGAAAGUGCCUAUCUAGGCCUGCCCGCUAGAUGCCAGUGCUUGCACCAGCCACACUCCUGGACAACACAUAUGUUGGGAUAUAUGGGGGUGGGGUGAGCCAGGUGUGCUCUAGAGAUACCCCCUUCACCUAUUCCGUACCCACAGCCACCAAAUGACUGAAUAGAGUUCAUGUUCUUUCCCCAUGAAGUGUAACUCCCAACAACCUGCCAGGCCUUGUUGAUGAACACCACCCCCCCUUUGAACUGUGCGUUUCUAAGAUGCUGCAUAAAAUGUCCUUGGGGGUUCUCUUAUUUUGUUCACCCACAUUCAGUUAUAAGUUCAUGAGUCUGCAGUACUGCUUAAGUGGAGGGGAACCUCUGAAUCCUGAAGUGAUGGAGCAGUGGAAGAGCAUGACAGGACUGCAGAUCUAUGAUCUCUAUGGACAGACGGAAACAGUAGGUGCUCCUGUGUAUUCUUACGCUUUCAAUGAUCUUUUAAGAUGGAGAUAGGGGACCUCAAACACAUGGGCCAAGGUGGAUGCCAAGCCUCACUAUCUGGCCCUCAGGAUUCUUCUCAUGCCAUAUCCCUCCCCAGCCACACCCCGUCUCCCCAGGUCAUGACCUUCACUGAUCCCCUGCUUUGCACCCAAAUUUAGUGUUUUCACUGGGUAAAUAAAUAGUUGUCAUUGAACUCACAUAAAAUGCUUCUUCCUUGCCUAAAAGGAGGAUUCUGGGUAUUGUGAGUAUCUGUCAGCUUUCCCCACCUCUGCACCUUCAGCUCAUGUUCUGGGCCAAGCUGAUUGUCUUUAAGCAUCACCAAUUUGCCUCCCGAGAAAUGGGUUUCAACAGAUGGGCUAAAAAGAGUAGUGAGGUAUUUUGGGUUCAGGCCCAACUUCUGCACCUAGCAGUGACAUCCCCUGCUAUUUAUUGAAACCUAGGGCAGAUCUAUGGGAUGCGGGUGACGCUGUGGGUUAAACCACAGAGCCUAGGACUUGCUGAUCAGAAGGUCGGCGGUUCGAAUCCCCGUGACAGAAUGAGCUCCCUGCUCCUGCCAACCUAGCAGUUCGAAAGCACGUCAAAGUGCAAGUAGAUAAAUAGGUACCACUCUGGUGGGAAGGUAAACGGUGUUUCCGUGCACUGCUCUGGUUCGCCAGAAGCGGCUUAGUCAUGCUGGCCACAUGACCCGGAAGCUGUACACCGGCUCCCUCGGCCAAUAAAGCGAGAUGAGCGCCACAACCUCAGAGUCGGUCACGACUGGACCUAAUGGUCAGGGGUCCCUUUACCUUUACCUUUAGGGCAGAUCUACACUCAUGAUUUAUAACGUUAAGGAAGGUUUAAGGAACGGUUAUCAUAACAUAUUUGGACAUACUACGUUUUGCUUUUAAUAAUGCGUUAUUAAAAUGAGACACCAUCGGGCGUUGCAGAGCAACCAGGAACCGGGCAAUAGGGAAACUGCUUUGUUAUGAAGGAAACAAGGUAAGGAACAUUUUUAUUUUAGCAGUAUGCCCUGUGACGUUUUAGAACAAUAUAUCUAAUAGUUUAGUGUAGACCUGGCCCUAGUCAAACGUUGUAAAGCUACAGAAACUUGGGAAUGUGCCAUUUGAAAUCCUUGCGAGUCACUUCAGUGUAAACGUGCAGAAGAUCAAGAUGCAAAGAUAUCAAAAGCUGUUGGGGAAAUGCCAUAUAGUCCCUUUUGAAACAAUAUAACAAUCUUCUUUUAAACAGGGUGCGAUUUGUGCGGUUAAAAAAGGGAUGAAAAUUAAACCCGGUUCAAUGGGAAAGGCAUGUGCACCAUAUCAAGUCAAGGUGAGUGGUUCCUAUUUUUCUAGCUCCUAUCCAUUUUUAAAUGACAGCCAGCGAAGGUUGGUCCAUUAGGGAAAAUGGGGCACUGCACUACCAAUGUCAGUCCGCCUUCAGCCAACACCCUCCCCCCGCAGCUGCCUAUCUGCCUACUUACAACCAGUCUCAGAGUCGCCCCAGCUGCCAGCUUCCCCCUUCCUCCUUAGUCUCAGUGUUGCCCUUGUAAAACUCAACAAGGAAGAAUGUGGAGACAAAACUAAAAUUAGUUCACUUUGCCAGUCAUUUGGUUCUACCUACUGCUGGCCUCAUUGCUUUCUGCCACACUAAUCCGAAUGGGCAGAUCCUGAAGCUGAGACUCCAAUACUUUGGCCACCUCAUGAGAAGAGAAGACUCCCUGGAAAAGACCCUGAUGUUGGGAAAGAUGGAGGGCACAAGGAGAAGGGGAUGACAGAGGACGAGAUGGUUGAAUAGUGUUCUCGAGGCUACUAACAUGGGUUUGGCCAGGCUGCGGGAGGCAGUGGAAGACAGGAGGGCCUGGCGUGCUCUGGUCCAUGGGGUCACGAAGAGUAGGACACGACUAAACGACUAAACAACAACAACAACAAUCCCAAUGGGCACCAGCUGAAACCACAGAGUACAGCUGUUGUGACACACCAGAAUGGAGGAUACUUGAUGCUGUGGUCUAAACCACUGAGCCUCUUGGGCUUGCUGAUCAGAAGGUCGACAGUUCGAAUCCCCGUGACGGAGUGAGCUCCCGUUGCUGUGUCCCAGCUUCUGCCAACCUAACAGUUCAAAAGCAAGCCAGUGCAAGUAGAUAAAUAGGUACCACUGCGGCGGGAAGGUAAAUGGCAUUUCCAUGCACCCUGGCUUCCGCCACGGUGCACCAGAAGCAGUUUAGUCCUGCUGGCCACAUGACCCGGAAACCUGUCAGUGGACAAACAGCAGAUCCUUCGGCUUGAAAGUGAGAUGAGUGCCGCAACCCCAUACUUGCCUUUGAUUGAUCUUAACUGUCCGGGGGUCCUUUACCUUUACCUUUACCUUUACCUUUACCUUUACCUUUACUUUUCUUCUAGAUCAUAGAUGAAGAAGCAAAUGUUCUGCCACCUGGGAAAGAAGGAGAAAUAGGCAUCAGAGUGAAGCCCCAAAGACCCCUUGGUUUCUUCUCUCGCUAUGUAGUAAGAAGCCUUCUGGAGAACUCCAUUGAUUUUUGUGUGGCAUAUGAAGGGACACCAUAAUUAGAAAGUCUGGGUGAAUCCACACAGCUUUGUUCCCUUUGGUUCAACUCAGGUUUAUUCUGCAUUUCAAUCACUACCGCCCCAGAAUCGGGGGGGGGGGUGGAGUUCCCAAGCGAAACUUGGAAGGAGUUGCAGAUUUGUGUCUUUAUUUACAUAUAAAAUAAUAUUCAUAUACCAUCCAUCCAAAUAAAAUAUCAAAACAGUGGACAGCAUGCUUUGUAUAUGUCCGUCUAAUACAGAAUAAAGGCAAUACAAACGAAACAUUAAAGUGACUGGCUCACCUUGAGGAAAUUCUAACAAAUGCAUAGGCCUGUUGGCAUCAAAAGAUCCUCAACAGCAAUUAGCAGUAGGAGAGAAAUUAGAUUCAGUUUUCAUUUGAAGCUGAAUUUGUCAAAUCUGCCCUUUCCAAUAUAUACCGGUAUACGUCUCUGUGUGUGUGAACAGAUCUGUCCUUCAAAAUUUGCACCUCUCUGAAUUUCGUUUGCAUUUUUUAUUUAUUUUUAUUUAUUUUUUAUUUAUUUUUCAUUUGCAUUUUAUUUAUUUAUUUUUAAAUUUGCAUGCCACCCUUCCUCUGUAGAUCUCAGAGUGGCUCACAGCAUAAAAAUGCAAGAUGAAAACACAAAAUACAUAAUAAAAACAAGAACAAAGCAAAACAAUAACACCUCUCCCUCCAAGCCCCUCCUACAAGCACAUUAAAAAGGAUAUAGGAUAUUAGUAAGGCUAUUUUUCUAGAUAAAGAGGUACCAGAACUCACCAUGAUCCUUGUUCUCUUAGAAUGGCAAUGAUGCCCACCUGAGAGGUGCCGGAACUGAGUUCCAGUGAGUUCCAGCUGGAAAAAUAGCCCCAAAUGUUAGUCGGCCACAAACCUGGCUGGAGAUAUGCUAUGCAGUUUGCCAACCAACCAAUAUUACAUAAAUGCAUAUAUUAGGGGACACUGUGCAUGAAAACAAACAUACUGAUGAAACACAGUUGUGUUUGGCUUAACCACCAUUCAUCUUCUCAUUGAACUCUGGGAACUGUAGUUCUGUGAGGGGGAUAGGGAAUAGGGACCUCCUAGGAUUUGCCGAUCAGAAGGUUGGCGGUUCGAAUCCCCGCAACAGGGUGAGCUCCCGUUGCUUGGUCCCUGCUCCUGUCAACCUAGCAGUUCGAAAGCACGUCAAAGUGCAAGUAGAUAAAUAGGUACCGCUCUGGCAGGAAGGUAAAUGAUGUUUCCAUGUGCUGCUCUGGUUCGCCAGAAGCGGCUUAGUCAUGCUGGCCACAUGACCCAGAAGCUGUACACCGGCUCCCUCGGCCAAUAAAGCGAGAUGAGCGCCGCAACCCCAGAGUCAGCCACGACUGGACCUAAUGGUCAGGGAUCCAUCCCUUUACCUUUACCUAACCUUCUGUCAGCACCCUUAACAAACCAGAGUUCUCAGUCAGUGUAGAGACAAUACUGAACCAAAUGGACCAAUGUUCUGACUCCGGGUAAGGCAGCUUCUGAUGCUCCUAUAACUCUGCAGUCCUGGGGAAAAAUGUCCCUGUAGCUAAUUCCCCCUUUCUGAACUGUUUCCAUUAGGAUAACCCAGAGAAAACAGCUGCAACAGAACGAGGGGAUUUUUACCUUACUGGGGACAGAGGACUGAUGGAUAAAGAUGGAUACUUUUGGUUUAUUGGGAGAGCUGAUGAUGUCAUCAAUUCUUCAGGGUUGGUUUGUUCUCUUCCUUUCCUAAUUAUUGUGUGCUACUGUAGCUCUUUGAACCCGGAUGCUUCAGGAUCCCCAAACUAACUUGCAUUGGCACAAACAUGAUUCUAAUCAGCCAGUGCUCUGUAGCCGCUGGAUGUUGGACGAAGAUCUGGGAGACCUUCAACCAAUCACAGGCUUGCAGGCUGAUCUACUUCACAGGGUUGUUGCGAAGCUAACAUGCGGAGGGGUGAAUGAUACUUUGAGUCCCUCAGAGGAGAGUUAAAGGAGAUGUUAUGAUUAUCUAGAGUAGUAGCAGUUGUGAUUCAGCUCCCAGAGCAGAGGUUCCCUGUCUGUGAUUCAUUGUUUUCUGCAACUUAUACUAGUUUUCAGCUGUUAGCUGUAAGCUUCUUUAUACGUAAGAUGUCUGUGUUUUCACCCCCGGUUCCAACAAAUGCAACUAAUCUACUCAUCCUUCUCAUCUGCAAAAUAAACAUUGUUCAGGUUAAGAGACAUUUCCGUGCGGGGUAUCUUUCCUCCUACAAUUUCAUUGUUGCAUUAUUAUUAUUAUUAUUAUGUCAAUUUCUUAGGUAUCGCAUUGGACCAUUUGAAAUAGAAAGCGCCCUUUUGGAACAUCCAGCGGUAGCAGAAGCCGCAGCUGUCAGCAGCCCAGACCCGCUCAGAGGAGAGGUAACAAUUGCAGAAAGAGCAUCUGUCCAGCAGGGCUGGGGAACCUGUGGCUCUCCAGGUUUCACUGGACUGCAACUCCCAUAAUCCCAGGCUAUUGGUCCUGCUGCCUGGGGCUAAGAGAGCUAGUAUGCUGCAGUGGUUAGAGUUGUGUAGUGCUCAGACUAAAUCCUGGGAGACCAGGGUUCAAACCUGCCACACAGCCAUGAAGCUCACCGGGUACCCUUGGGCCUGUCACUGCUGCUCAGUCUAACGUCCCUCACACGGUUGAUCAAUAAAUGUUUUGUUUAUAAAACAAGUAUGUUUCCAAGCACAAUUCAAAGCACUGGUGCUGACCUUUAAAGCCCCAAUCUGCCUUGACCCUGUAGACUUGGAGGAGCAUCUCCACCCACAAUCGUUCCACCUGAACACUAAGGUCCAGCUCUGAGGGCCUUCUGGUGCUUCCCUCACUGCAGGUAGUGAAGCUACAGGGAACCAGGCAGAAGGCCUUCUCGGUAGUGACACCCACCCUGUGGAAUGCCCUCCCACCCGAUGCUAAGGAGAUAAGUAACUAUAUGACUUUUAGGAGACAUCUGAAGGCAGCCCUGGAGAGGGAAGUUUUCAGUGGUUGAUGUUUUAUUGUUUUUUUAAUAUUUUGUUGGGAGCUGCUCAGAGUGGCUGGGGCAACCCAGUCAGAUGGGUGACAUAAUGUUGUUGUUGUUGUUGUUGUUGUUGUUGUUGUUGCUGUUGCUGUUGCUGUUACUGUAUUAUUAUUAUUAUUUGGGACACGGGUGGCACUGUGGUCUAAACCACUGAGACUAGGGCUUGCCGAUUGGAAGGUUGGCGGUUCAAAUCCCCACGACGGGGUGAGCUCCUGUUGCUCGGUCCCAGCUCCUGCCAACCUAGCAGUUUGAAAGCAUGUCCGUGCAAGUAGAUAAAUAGGUACUGCUCCGGUGGGAAGGUAAACAGUGUUUCCGUGAGCUGCUUUGGUUUCCCCAGAAGUGGCUUAGUCAUGCUGGCCACAUGACCCGGAAAAACUGUCUGCGGACAAACGUCGUCUCCCUCAGCCAGUAAAGCAAGAUGAGCGCCGCAACCCCAGAGUAGUUUGCGACUGGACGUAACUGUCAGGGAUCCUUUACCUUUUAUUAUUAUUAGUAGUAGUAGCAGUAGCAGUAGUAGUAAGAGCCCUUUCUGGAACAGGCCAAUAGUCCACCUAAUCCCGCAUCCUGUUAUCCCAGUGCCUUCUGUGGGAUACUCACAUGCAGGACAUCCAGAAUAUGUGAGGAGGGGAGGCUUUAGAGGGGUUUGUGCAGGGUGUGUGGUAGGGGUGUUGGUGACUAGAGUGAGCAGGGGCACAGCCCCCUGUGUGUGUGUGUUUGUGUGUGUGUAUGUGUGUGUGUGUGUGUGAGAGAGAGAGAGAGAGAGAGAGAGAGAGAGAGAGAGAGAGAGAUUGUCUUUGCUUAUAUGCCAACUCUGUCUUUUAGGUGGUGAAAGCAUUUGUGGUCCUGUCCCCAGCCUACACACUCCAAGACAAGGAAAAAUUAACACUCCAGUUGCAGGAGCACGUCAAGAAAGUUACUGCUCCAUACAAAUAUCCAAGGAAGGCAAGUAUUACCAUGGAAUAUAGAGAUGUUUAGAGAUAGUGGUGCUGGAGAGAGCGGUGUUGUAAGCUCAGGAAUAACAUACUCGCCCCACACCAAAAAAGAGAGAUAUGAAAGGUCACUAGUCAUAUUUUCUAUACCAUAAUGAUGCCUCUGAUCUUUUAAGAAAUGAAGGCACACCAGUUACUUUGGAAUCUAAUCACCUAGUAAUUAUCAUUAGUCUUUGAUUUGACUUCUAAUUUUCCUCAUGAUUACUAUGUUCCCCAAUCUUGUUAACCAGUUCUUAAUUACUGGGAUUUGAAAGGCUCCUCCUUUCAUACUUUCAAACUUAUUUUCCCAACAGCAAAAUGUCUGUGUCUGAGAUCAUAACCUCACCAAACAUUUAAAACACUUUUAUGCCACUAACAAUCUUGGCUUCCCCCAAAAAAUAUUGGGAAGUAUAGUUUGUUAAGGGUUUUGAGCUGCAAUGCCUAGAGUGGUUUAACAGUCAAUCCCUUUUCCCAGGAACUCUGGGAAUUUAUCUCUGUGAGAGAAAUAGGGGUGUCCUAACAACUCCCAGAACCCUUAACAAACUAAAGCUCCCAAUAAUCUUUAGGGAGGGGAGCCCUUAAUGUUAAAGUGGUAUAAUAGUGCCUUAAAUGUACAUGACUUGAUAAAGAAUGCUGUGUUAUUAAAUACAUCGUAAUAAGAACAUCUCUAGUUGGGACACUCACUGUCACUAAUAACAGAUAUCCAUUCGCCUAAUCUGGAUUCCACACCCUCCUUGAAAAACUCUGAGAAGUGACCCAUAUUCACCAUUCAUGAACAAGUCCAUAAAUGUCGGAGGCUAACUGAAUUCAGGCCUGUUUGCAACACUCAUCAACUGAUAGAUGCCCUGAUCUCAGACCCCAUGCCUCUGCAGACAGAUUGCUCAGAAAUAACAGCCCCCACCUGCAAUCCGAAGCGGCACGUUUUACCUAGACCAGGUGCAGGGAAGCUUUGGCCCCCCUUUGGCUGAACUACAACUCCCUUCAUCCUACUGCCUGUAAAGGCCAGCCCACAUAGACUGUCAUUAUUCUGAACAGACACUCCCCCUGCAUUUCACACUAUGCUAAACAGCCGUAGCUAUUGUAUAGGAAGUCACUCUAUGGGUUGAUUUGCCAUGCUUCCUUUCUUGUUGUUGUUCUUGUUUUGCUAGAUGGAGUUUGUCAAGGAGCUGCCGAAGACAGUCACGGGGAAAAUCAGACGGAACGAGUUAAGAAACAAAGAAUGGGGGCGAGUUUGA